AUGAUAUUUAAUAAAGUUUCCCAUUUCUGCUUUCCUCUCAGACUUCAGACGAUAUUUCAUGCAGAGUUGACACACGCCUUCAAGAUUACUAGCUUCUUCUUCAACUGCAGAUUAAGCACUAUAUCUACUCAAGAGUGAGUCAAAUUCCGCUUUCAUCUUUUUUGCCUUUUCUUCCACGUGAUCAGAAUUUCUAAUCUUUUCCAUACCCAAAUACCUAUAAUCUUUAGAUAUCUUGAACAUUCUAUCAUUAAUCUAACAAUAGUCUGUUCGCAUCUCCAAAUAUCACAAUUUCAAAUUUAUAUUAAUUUUAUACUCUUAUGCUAA